CGGUCAUGUGAUCAGCUGUGUCCAAUCACAGCUGAUCACAUGGGACAUGUACACAGAUCAUCAGGGCACUGAUGAUCAGUGUGCCCUGAUGAUCAGUGUAGCCCCAGCAGUGCCACCUGUCAGUGCUCAUCAGUGCCUCAUGCCAGUGCCCAUCAGUGCCACAUAUCAGUGCCUACCAGUGCACAUCAAUGCCACAUAUCAGUGCCCAUAUGAGCUGCCUUUCAGUGUCACCCAUCAGUGCCAGUCAGUGCCACCUAUCAAUGAAAAUCAGUGCCACCUAUCAGUACCGCCAAUCAGUGCCACCUAUCAGUGCCAGCCAGUGCCGCCUAUCAGUGCCAGUCAGUGCUGCCUAUCAGUGCCAUGUAUCAGUGUUGCCUUUCAGUGCCCAUCAGUGAUGCCUGUCAAUGCCCAUGAGUGCCACCUACCAGUGCCUCCUCAUCAG